UUGAGGCGUUUGACUCGUAUUACUCGUACUCGGUAAAAGUGCUCCAUCCGUACCGUAUACUCGUUUCAGUUGUGUAUCCCGGAUACUCAGCUGAAACGAGUAUUCGGUACGGAUCGAGCACUUUGCAUUUAUGCUUUAGUCUCUUUACUCAAACAGUCCUUCAGCAGUACAACAUUCAUAGUUGUUUUUUAAUGAAACAUUUGUGGAAUUCCAUUGUACCACAAUCAAACAAGCAGCAUAUAAAUAUUAUGCUCUUGAGAUCCUUCUCGGCGAUACUUCAAACUUGUUCAGCGAGUUUCUAUUAGAGGGAACAGAACACAGAGUACUUCAUUCAUAACAUUCAUCGAAUACCAUUGUACUGCACCCAAAAAACUCAGAAUAUAAAAAGGAUGAAGAGAGUUGGAUUCAAAGAGUCCAGAGAACUACAUGAUGAGUGCUGCUCAGAGUCAGCCAACGUUGGAGGCCCUCCAGAGCCACUUUACCUGGGAUCUGAAUUUCAGCAGGUCCAAACUUUUCCGUUUCAGAGACAAACUAAAGGACAUUGGCACCAAUGAAGGAAACAGCUGGCUGGGUCACAUUUACAACCUGCAGGGGUUCAUCCACUAUCAGCUGGGCUUCAUUGAAGAGGCCAAGAGCUUCUUCAGCAGGGCCACUGAGGCCUUCCACCAGAUGAUGAACACAGUCUCAGAUGGUCCCUGGUUGCUGGUGAACUACGGGAACCUGGCUUGGAUGCAUCACCACCUGGGAGAACAAGCAGAGAGUGAGCGUUACCUGUCAAAGGUCCACGCCCUGAUGAAGGAGUACCCAUCUCCAUCUGAGGACCAGCUGCAUCCAGAGAUCUACGCUGAAAAGGCCUGGACCUUGAUGACAUUCUGUGAAGACAAAAAGCAUCUGGCUGCAGAAUACUUCCAGAGAGCCAUCAGGAUGCAGCCAGACAGGGUGGAGUGGCAGACCAGCUGCAUGUUAGCACUAGUAAGUGUCUAUAAACGCCGUGGCAAUGAGCUGAGGUCUGAAAUGAAAAAAGCCAAAGAACGUGAUCCAGAGAACUUGUACCUUGCUGCUCUUUAUCUUGAGGCAUGUGCUCAGAGAGGAACAAACGUUAAAGAAGAAGCGCAUGAGUUGGCCAAAAGGAUUUUAAGUAGACCAGUUAGUAGCUACAGUGGUUUCACACCAUUAAUGACGCUGUACAAAACAUUUUUACACAAAGAUGAAGCUAUUAUUUUGGCAGAGGAGGCUCUGAAAAGACAUCCAGAUGAGCGUCACCUCAAGAAGCAUGCUGCAAUCUGCUACAAAGAGAAGAUCUUAUCUCAAAGCGACAGUCCUCUGGAGCCCAGCAUGAUCAACAGAGCCAUCAGCCUCUCAGAGGAAGUCAUUUCUCUCUAUCCUGAUUCUUCACUAAAAAUGCAAAUAACUCUUGCAAACUUAUAUGCAGAGUCAAAACGCCAAGAUGAAGGGAACCAGAUAUUCAAAGAUCUGCUAAAAAGGGACCUGGAAGACAAAGAGAAACAGAUGGUUUACAACGGCUACGCAAAGUUUUUGUAUUUCAGCCUAAAGAAGGAACAAGAGUCGAUAAAAUACCACAUGAUGGCAGCAGAGAUACCACAACAAUCCUUCUAUCGGGAGGACAGCAUCGAGAAGCUGGAAAAGAUUAAAAAAAACAAAUACGGAAGAGAAAUAGAGGAGUUUCUGGCCAACCUGCAGCGCUGAGAGCUGAUGAUAAAGAUGGAACAACACUGGGGAUAAAUCAGGAAGAUGUUGAUUUUCACAGCCUGAGGAAUAAGUUUAAUAUGAUCCUUUUAUUGAAGUGUCGAAGUUGAUUAAAAUGUAACUUUUAGGGGAAAUGAUGUAAAUGAUGUUAAACACUUAAAUUCUCUCCUGAACAAUGAUCCUGUUAUCAAAGCCUGAUGCAGUUUAAAACUUAUUUACUGAUUAUAUGUUAAUGUUGCUUCAUGUCAUCAUAUUUUCUUAUUGAUCAAAGUCUAUGAGUAACCUUCACUUUCUUUAACAUUGGUCUUGUGUUUAGUCUUUUUAUAUUUCUUAUGCUCCUUUGUGUUUUUCGUUUUACAUGAAAACGUCAAAAUAAAAAAAGUAGAAGAAAACCUUGAAACAUUGUUAAAUAAUAAAAAUAAAAAAUAACAAUAAUAAAACCGUCUUCUGAAGCCUGUCAGUUUAAUCAGACUUCCACUAAAAACUUAGAUUUCAGAAAACCUUCAAAAUAAAUUUGUCAGUUACCAUCUUUAUUAAGGUGUCAGGGGUUAGUGGAGGUAGUAGGAAAGAGGGAUGAGCGACUACAGCGAGGGGGUGUAGGUUCAUUUGUAAUGUUUAUACCACUGCUACCUUUAUUUUUUAACGAAUACAACAAGUAAGUGUCAGACACUCUGCGUGAAGUCAAAUAAACUGGUCAGAGCCAGUCGACGGUUAAAAAAAAAAUAAUCUCCGAAGGGCAGAGACGCAACGCGAGUCACAUUAAUCUGCACCACGUCCGAACGAACCCACGUUACCAGAACUCCACUGGUUGAUAAGUAAGUACACACCGGAGUAAAAACAAACUCUAAAUGUUAACGGAAAAGACGCCUAUCACAGAACGCAGACACAGUCAGAUAACCAUUGAGGCGUUUGACUCGUAUUACUCGUACUCGGUAAAAGUGCUCCAUCCGUACCGUAUACUCGUUUCAGUUGUGUAUCCCGGAUACUCAGCUGAAACGAGUAUUCGGUACGGAUCGAGCACUUUGCAUUUAUGCUUUAGUCUCUUUACUCAAACAGUCCUUCAGCAGUACAACAUUCAUAGUUGUUUUUUAAUGAAACAUUUGUGGAAUUCCAUUGUACCACAAUCAAACAAGCAGCAUAUAAAUAUUAUGCUCUUGAGAUCCUUCUCGGCGAUACUUCAAACUUGUUCAGCGAGUUUCUAUUAGAGGGAACAGAACACAGAGUACUUCAUUCAUAACAUUCAUCGAAUACCAUUGUACUGCACCCAAAAAACACAACACAAACCACAAACACAACUCUGUGCAGCUCCCAGGAUUUAACAAAUAGGAAUAUGUUUAUUUGUGGUGCAACUUUUGAAACUACAACAAGAGAUAAUUUGACAGUUUCACAUAAAACAAUUAAGAUAUACCACUAAUACAAAUAUGAAUAUGAUUAGUCAUACAAAUAACAAUGACAACUGUUAUGUGUAUAGAUUUGUGUAUGUCUCUCUCUUGGUCUCUCUGCUGUAGUCCUGCAGGUGAGAGGUGGGAGGUUGGCUGCCAGCCUGUGUGAAGAGCUGUGGAUUGGCUCACACUCCAGCCAAUCAGAGAAGGAGGGACAUUUGAAAAGCUUCUGUUGUGUUGCUCUCUCUCUCUCUCUAUUUGACUUAUUUGUUGGAUAGGCAGGUUUGUCUGUUGUGUACCUUUUCAUUUAAGUAUUGUAAAUAAAUCUCUUUUCUUUAACUGCC